CUGAAAGCUUGAUAUCUUUUUUUUAAGGCAUUGCGGUGUUUGCAGCAAUCAUAGAAACGCUGAGAAAGUUUCUUAGUCUCUUUAUUGAACAUGGUUGUUCUGUUUAGAUUUUGGGUUCCACUUGAAGUGCAUUCAUUGUGUAUCAUGUAGAAAGCUUACAUGGCGCCCGCCGGUGUUGUGUCGCUGUUUGAAACGAUGCAAAAAUGUAUGCGCACACUUCUCUGUGACUUUGUGACCAGUGAUCGCUAAAUUGAUCUGUCCUGUCCUUCAACAUAUCUUACAAAGGUCUCAAACAGCUGUUGAUCGAUAAAAUGUAUAUAUGUGAAAUAUCGCAAAAAAAAAAUCGAGAGAAAUGUUUUCUGUAGUGAGAGCCUGGAGCAAUCAUUGUUAUGUAGGCUGCAGUAGCAAAUUCUGUGUGAAGGCAAGAGCCCUGAAAAGUUCAGAUGAGAUGGAUGGGCUAUAGGUACAUUUCAAGCAGUCUCACAAGUGGUGAGGUUUGGUUGGAAUCAUACUUCACAAUCCAUCCUCAAGAAAAUGUCUGAGAAGACCCUAAUCACACCCACCUCCCUCACAGCCAUUCAUUCAACAACACACAAGGACACCAUCCUCUGCAAAUUUGACAAGCUUAGGAAACGAGAGCUUCUGUGUGACAUUACCCUUAUCGUAGAAGAUGUGCACUUCAAAGCACAUAAGGCCCUGUUAGCCGCCAGCAGUGACUACUUCUCCCUCAUGUUCACUGCUGAGGAGCAGAUCAGCCAGUCUACCUACAGGCUGGACGGCAUGGCGGCGGAGACCUUUGGAGCUGUACUAGAGUUCAUCUACAGUGCCCAGGUAUCUGUGGAGGAGAGUGUUACCGAGCAGCUACUAGACCUGGCCAGACUCCUAGAGGUUAGUGACCUUGUGAAAGCCCACAUUACCUAUCCAGGUGUAGAGGGGAGGGGCCUUAGUAACAUCACCUGUCCUGGUUUCGAGGUGAGACCGGAAGUGAACACAGACAGCGGAGAAGGUAAAGGACUGGGAGAAGGGACAUCGUCAGCGAUUCAGCCGAAACGGAAAAGGGGUCGUCCCAGGAAGAAUGAAGUGGACAUGUCUGUGAAGACGUUGGAAGAGUCCAAUAAACAGGAAGUAAGAAGUGAUAUCAUCAAUAUCCCGGAUGCAGCCAAUGAAAAGCAGCAGGUUACAGUUGAUGUCACAGUAGACUGUGUAGACCCUGAAGAAUGUCUGGUUGAGUCACAUGAUAAACUGGAUUCUCCAAUAAGAGACUCUGAUGAUGCAGACUAUGAUCCCAGAUCAGCCCGUACUAGGCGGCAGAGUAAGAGGAAGAUCAGACCGCCGGUGAAAUUUAAGGGCUACAGGGUGGGGGACCGGGACGACACUACGUCUGAAUGCAGAGAACCAGGGAAGAGGGGCAGGAAGAGAAAAUACCCCAACACAGAGGCACGGUGUGAAGACUGUGGGAAAGUGUUCAAAAACCACCUGUUCUUAAAGAUACACCAAAGGACUCAUACAGGUGAAAAGCCUUUCAAGUGUUUUGCGUGCGGGAAGAGUUUCACACAGAAGCACACCCUCCUGGUUCACCAGCGGAUGCACACUGGCGAGAAACCCUUCGUCUGUACCGUCUGCUCUAAAGCCCUGUCCACCAAACACUCACUAGUGGAUCACAUGAACUUACACACAGAGGAGAAAACAUUCAGCUGUGACAAAUGUGAAAAGACGUUCAGCCAGAAGAGACAACUAAAGAGCCAUUACAGGGUCCAUACGGGUAAAUCUUUACCAGAAUGUGCACACUGUCAACGUAGGUUCAUGGAUGCAGCUCAACUGAAGAAGCACAUGAGAACUCACACAGGUGAGAAGCCUUUCACUUGUGAGAUCUGUGGGAAGUGUUUUACAGCCAAGAGCACACUACAGACGCACAUCAGGAUUCACAGAGGAGAGAAGCCAUAUGUCUGUAGCGUCUGCAACAAGUCAUUCUCCGACGCCAGUGCCAGGCGACGUCACGUAGCCUCCCAUACCGGAAAGAAGCCCUUCACCUGCUCCUUCUGCAACCUCUCCUUCGCUCGCCUGGACAACUUGAAGACCCACACCAAAACCCACAACAAGGAGAGCGUAGUCACCAUCACCACCGAGGAGGCUCAGAGCGGGGCUGGGGUGGUGGAAGAGGAGGCUGGGGUCACCACAGGGGAAACGGAGGAGGUACGCAGCAUCCUACAGCUCCAGCAGUACCAGCUACCUGGUCACCCAGAGCAGGAGAUACAGCUGGUUGUGACUGGAGAUGUGGAUAAUCUCAACAACCUCAACUUCGUGCCCAGUCACUGUGGACAUGACCAGGGCAUCAGCAUUAUUACAACAGAGGGUGGGGUCUCUGAGGCGGCAGACCAGGCCCACUCCAGACUGACCCUCCUCACCCAGCCGUCAGGACACAUGCAAAACGUGGCCUUGGUCACGCAGGGCAGCGUGGAGCAUCACAACCAGCAGAUCCAGACUAUCAGCGUGCUGCAGGACGGACACAUGACCAACGGGGUUGGGGUCGCAGGGCAGCCGGAACAGAUGCAUGUCAUCACUCUAUCCAAGGAAGACAUGGAGCACCUUCAGGCCCACCACGGGCCACCCCAGCCCCUGCACAUAGCACCCAGGCCUGGCUCCCUCCCUGGCUCUGUACAGCAGCUCCACGUCAUGCACCAGCAGCACCAGCACCAGACCCUCUCUCAGCUGGCUGUCACCCAGGACCAGAGCACCAUACUGGGGCAGAUGAGCAGAGAGCAGCAGGGUCAGGCCCAGGCUAUCCACAUCAACAGCCAGAGCAGCCAGCCCAUCUCAAUCAGUCAGACCAGUGAACAGAUCCCAAGCCACCAUAUCCAGGGCCAGACCUUCCAGAUACAGGCUGGUACUGUCUCCUACCUCUACACUACCAGCCUAGCUCCGCCAUAGACUGUAUAGGCCCGGCACAACUGACUGAAGGACUGGAGAACCAAUCUGCCCUAACAGAACUGACUGAAUGGGCGGGAACUGUCUCCUAGCUCUACACCACCAGUCUAGCCCAGCCAUAGCCCUGAUACGGCGUCAACAGCCAUGUAUCAGGACCAGCCCAGCCAUAGACUGUAUGGGCACAGCAGAACUGACUGAAGAACCAGUCUGGCCCAACACAGUUGACUUUGCCUUAGUUCACACUCAGGUUGGACAAUGGAUGUAAAAUGCAUUUGUCACAAUGGUUGUAAAUUGAAUUUAGUUAUCCAGUAAUGCCAGGAUAUUGAAAUGACACGGAGGUAGAGAAAAUGUGAUUCCAACUAGGUUAUUCUGUGUGACACCGACAUCUUCUGGCUGAUGUGAUGUAAAAGCUCUGAGCCAAUAGCUAUUAUUUCAGGCUACAAUAAAAGGGCUAUUUAGAAGCAGAUAAAAGGUAUUAUUUGCAUGUCAAGUCACAAUGUAAAAAUGUUUUUUUUUUUUAUAUAUGCAUAUUUAUAUUGUGAGGUGAAACAAAUGCAUUGUUUUUAUUAUGAAGGUAAAAUACUACCAUUUGUGGUGCUGCAAUAGCAAGGCGAGAGUGGAAAAGUAUUGAUGCCAGGGAUAUUGUUGGUGUCUGCGUGCUACUGAAGUGCCGUGGCCCUGUGUGCUCUUUCAUUAGUUUUGUUUUCGUUCAUUUAUUUCUGGUACCCUCCUACCUGAGAGGAAUGAGGCCUGUGUGGUGUUGCACUGUUAAAACUGCAAACCCACAUGCUGUAAGUCCUCUCUGCUCCACCUAAGUGUUUUAAUGGGCCGAUGUGGGUAAUAACCAUUGUACAUGCAUUCUCUCCUCUUUACUGCUUUAAGCCUUUUUAUGCUAUUGUUUACCACUUCAGUGUCCUUAAAUCUGUAGUUUGAAGCAUAUAAAACAUUUUGUUUCACUAUAUUAAAUAUUCAACAAGAAACAUAUCACACAAUA